AUGAUCCGCCCACGCACAUUGCCAUCCACUAGACCAUCCACCAGCUUCACCCCCCGCCUCCCGCUCCCCCGGCCAUCGUCGAGAGGCAUUGCCGCCCCCCGUGCUUUCAGCUCUGGCUCUUCUCGCCGGCGGUACCUCCCCCUCACCCUCCUCCCCGCCGGCUUGCUCCUCCUCCCCUCGCUCUCAUGCGACUCUGACCCCGCCACCUCCCCGCCCCAAUCCCCAUUGACCAUCGCCCCCGUCUCCGAGCUGCUGCGCUCAUGGUUCGUCUGGGCCAUGAUCUGCACCCCUGGCAUGGUCGACUGCUCUCCCGGUCUGCUCUCCAUCAUCUCCCGCACCCCGCUCAGAAGGCCCGUCGAGUGGUUUGUCCGACACACCUUUUUCGCCCAGUUCAACCCGGGAGAGACGGUGGCUGAAUGUAUGUCGGAAGUACGCUCUUUGAGAAAGAGCAAUAUUGGCUCGGUAGUCAACUAUUCGGCAGAGAUGGAUGAGAGCGGUUUGCAUGAGAGUGGAGCGGAGAAGAGGGAGAGGGAGGAGAAGGAUAGGCAGAGGAGGUUGGAGCAGGUGGUGGUUGCUUUGGACGUUAUGGGCGAGUUUGAAAAGACUUUGCCCUUGGAACAGAGAGGAGCGUCUGGGUUGGCUUUGAAGAUGACCGGCUUGAUUGACGCCAACGUACUGGAGCGAGCCUCAUACACCCUGCUCCGUAUGCGCUACGCUGCCCCCCUGACACCCAUCACCACACCAAACUCGGCAGCCUUUGUGCCAUACCCCGGAACGCCCGAGUCUGCCGACGGGCAGGUGCUCGCCCGGGACCACAUGAAGAAGCUCGUCGACCCGAAGGAGCUGUUCAGCUUGCAAGGCAAGGUUGAUGCGAUGGGGACCAAGGUGGAGGACGUGAGGUUGAAGGAGGGCGAUCUGGAGCAGUUGGCGACACUGUGGCAAAAGUUGAGGAUGCUUGGGCAACGGGCCAAGGACAACAAUGUUAUACUGGUGAUUGACGCCGAGCACACUUGGUACCAGCCCGCUAUGGACGCCUACACUCUGUUACUGUCUGAAGAGUUCAAUCGUCCCACUGGAAACCCCAAAGACAUCUCUCCCGUCAUCUACGGAACAUACCAAUCAUACCUCACCCGCCAACCCACCCACCUCCUAGCCGCCAUCGCCCACGCCGAAGCGAACGGCUACGCGCUCGGCCUCAAAGUCGUGCGUGGCGCGUACUAUCUCCAAGAACGCAAGAAGUGGGCGGAUGAAGGACGAGUCGGCAACGACCCUAUCUGGCCUACCAAGCCUGCUACCGACUUGUCUUACAACGGAGCUAUCGACACGCUUCUGAGUACAUUGUCCGGGCAGCUGAAGGGCAAGCACCCCGAGAGGGCGUUGAGUGUCGUCUUUGGUACGCACAACACCGAGUCUACCGAUAGCAUUUGCGAAAACCUGAUCAAGUACGGUCUUGCCGAGAAAGACAAGGAGUCUGGUCUGUUGCGUUUCGACCCUGCUGCCAAGGGCCACGUCCGCGUCGCCCAGCUGUACGGUAUGAAGGACGAUCUGACAAACAGCAUGGCUGGCAGGUUCGUGAACGACGGUAACCCUGUAGCGUACAAGUACAUCUCGUACGGCGCGUUAGCAGAGGUGAUGCCUUUCCUGGGCAGGCGAGCGAUUGAAAACAAGAGCAUGAUGAGCGGGGAGCAAGGUGCGGCUGGGGAGAGAAAGAGGGUGGGGCGAGAGUUGUGGAGAAGGGUGUUUGGGUAG